UGACUCUACACCUCCAUAUGACCUCCAAUCACUAUUCACCCGCACUCAUGAUGGCGGCAGACGUGGCUGUUUUGUUAGUCCAUCAUGACAAAAGCGGCAGCAUGAACCACUGCCCACUUAAUAGCCCUGCGGCACUAUUCGCAUGGGGCGGCUAAUUUUAGCCCGUUUCCAUCUGGCUACACCCACUUCUCCCCGUCUGGGAUGCUCACACCAUACCGUGUCCUGCAUUCGCGAGGUGAGGCUGCCUAAAACAUGAGAAUGACUGUCUUGAGAAGUCACCGUGUUUGAGGCGUGUAUUGGUCAACGCAAUUGGCUAUCCUGCAAGCCCUCGGUCGAAAGCAUCGCUAUACGCACACCGCAUUGCCUUGGCUCCAGCUUCAUCACCAACCAUGGUCAAGUUGACGCACAUCUGCCUGGUGGCGCUCGCAUCUCUGGCUGCCGCCGACGUCACCGUCCAAGUCUCGACCGUCGAGCCGUUGCCGUUCGAGAUGGACGGCGCAGCCACGUCGCCCGAGGACCUCUUCCGUCGUAGCUGUCCCGAAGAGGUUGCCGAAGACAACCCUCACGUCGCUGAGCUUCUGCUGUCGUCGUAUGGCGAUGCAGAGUUCCCCGGCGGUGUGUUUCCGUCGUCGGAUGGCCUCAUUCGGGGGGCGUUGGAGGCUUGGGCUCAGCAUCGCCACCUGGUCUUGCGGCCCGACGAGGUCUGGUUCGAGAUCUUGGCCCAGCUCAAUUUUUACAUGGCCGCCCAUGCCGACGAGCUUCGUGACUUGUUCGUCAGCCACGAGGGGAAACAGGAGAUCCGAAUUGGAGCAUUUACGUGGCGCGAUGUCGUGGCGGCGUUUGGCUCCGCCAUCCAGCAGCGCGUUAAGACGGAGUGGCUGCUGGACUGGAUCAUGCCUGGAUUUACCACCAGCACGCAGAACGACGAGAUGACGGCGUCGGUGCUGAUGAUGGGCUUGAUGCAGUACUUUUUCGAGUUUAGUGGCAUGGUCGUCUGCGGCAUCCCGUCCGUCACGCUGCUCGGCGAGCGCGAGGACUGGGCCAAGCUGUUGGCGAAGCUGGACCGCUUGAAGGAUUGGGGCGAGGAGCCGGCCGCGUACGCUGCGAACCUGCGCCCGAUCCUGAAGCGCUUCGUGCAGACGUGGGACGAGCCUGAGAGCCCCGAGGUGGCGGCGUUCUGGGAGCAGAUUGUCCGGGCCAAGAAGGGCUUCUCCUGCGGCAGCGGCGCGUCCGAGUACGACGUCUCGGGCUGGAUUACAGGGUUUAUGCACUGGACCAAGGAGGGUAAGCUGCGUCUGGAGGCGGGUGAUACCGUCUGGGAGGACUCUACGACGGUUAACCUCGACGGCAUUGUCUACGCAUCUGAAUCCCUCGACGAGAUUCGUGUUGGCUACGCGAAAGCACCGCUGAAGAUGGUUGACCACCCGCACUCGGGCGUGGACACGCAGGCGUAUCUCCUAGCCGGGAAUGUAGGCGUGCGGAAGUGGGCAGAUGAGAAAGGAGAUGCCAUGUUGCAGCCGGGGAGCGCGUGGUUCAUGUAUGCGCCGGUGGACUGGAAUCACACGGCGGGACCAAGCUUGGGGGACUGGAGGGAGUUGGAGGCUAUUGCGGUCUCGAUGGAGACUUGUUUAGAAGGGAGCAGGACUGUGGAGGAUGAGGGUGAAUUGUAGACCGAUAUGUCUAUAUUAAAUAAACGAGUGUUAUGAAGAGAAUAUAUGUAAUGACAGGAGUUGCGCUAGCACCAACUGCAGGUGAGGAUACGCUGGACAUAUUCAACAGCAAUA